UUCUCUCUCUCUCUCUCUCUCUCUCUCUCUCUGCCCGUACUGUUUGAUAUUUGUACUCCACGUCCAUUUCACAUAAAGUAGCAGUAGCUCAUCUGGGUUUUUGAGCCCGAGAUUCAAUACGAAGAUACACACACACACACACACCACACUCUCAUGUGUGUGUGUUCUUGCGUGCAUAUUAUAAAGCGUACACCACUCCGGGGUUCCAGCUUUGAAGUUAUUGACGGCGUAAUUUCCGGCCACUAUCUGGAUACUGUUAUCGAUUUUUACUUAUGGUAGAGAUUGUUGAAUGGUGCUUCUACUCUAGAUUUUCCCGAUUCUGAUCUGGAGAGGAAUAUCAGUUUGGAUAUUCGAUGGAUUCUCCAAGUGGAGAAAGAAUCAUCAUAAACCAUCAGUUCACUACUUCGGUAGAUCAGGUCUCGAGUCCAGCUAGAAGAGAAAUAGCCAACAGAUCUUUAUCGGGGAUGAAGUUUCCGAGUGACAGUGAAGAGAUUGACGUAGAGAGUGGGAGAUUAGACAAGGACAGAGAAAAGUCGGUGCGAAGUAAACGAGGACUUACAUUACACAACCAGGCCUUGUUAUCGGGGCUCGCUUAUUGUCUUUCUUCGUGCAGCAUGAUACUGGUUAACAAGUAUGUUCUCUCGAGUUACGACUUUAACGCCGGAAUAUCUUUGAUGCUGUACCAGAACUUUGUGUCAGUAAUUAUCGUUUCGUCGUUGAGUUUUUUCGGCAUAAUUACAACGGAGCCACUCACGUGGAGACUAAUCAAAGUAUGGUUGCCUGUCAAUAUGAUAUUUGUCGGGAUGCUCGUCACGAGCAUGUUUAGUCUGAGAUACAUAAACGUUGCCAUGGUUACGGUCCUGAAGAAUGUAACAAAUGUGAUGACUGCCGUCGGCGAAAUGUAUCUAUUCAACAAGCACCACGACAAUAGGGUUUGGGCUGCCCUUUUCUUAAUGAUAAUUUCAGCAAUAUCGGGAGGAUUUACGGAUCUCUCGUUUAAUGCCGUUGGAUACACGUGGCAGUUCUUCAAUUGUUUUUUGACAGCAUCGUAUUCCUUAACUUUGCGUAGGGUGAUGGAUACUGCCAAACUAGUCACUAAAUCUGGAGAACUGAACGAGUUCUCGAUGGUCAUGCUAAACAAUACCCUUUCACUGCCACUAGGACUUUUCCUUAUUUUUGUGUUCAACGAAGUCGACUAUCUUUCACAAUCACCACUUUUGAGAUUGCCCACGUUUUGGGUGGUGAUAACGUUUAGUGGGUUCUUGGGUUUAGCAAUCAGCUUCACUUCCAUGUGGUUUCUCCAUCAAACGGGAGCUACUACAUACAGUCUCGUGGGGUCACUUAACAAGAUUCCCCUUUCAGUUGCUGGGAUUCUACUUUUUAAUGUUUCGACUAGCUUGGAAAAUUCUGCUAGUAUAUUCUUUGGGUUGGCGGCAGGCGUGCUUUUCGCAAGAGCAAACAUGCGUGCGAUUUGACAGACUUUAAGCCGUUAUACCUGACAUGUAAACUAG